UCCCCCGUGUAAGAGUGAGGUGGAGGAGGACAUUCCAGGAGAUGUCACCACAGAAAACCCCAGUAACCAUUCUGAGGAAAACUUCAUGUUAUCUCUAGAAGAUGAAGAUAUCAUGGAGAACUUUACAGAACAAAACCUCAUUACCCCUAAUGUUCAUCCAGGAAGUCACAGUACAGAUCUUUCAUAUAAUCCCCCUAAUCAUGAAGAACCAUCUUCUGAUCAAUCACAGAUUGUAACCACAAGUACAACUCAGAAAGGAGGAGAAAGGUUUCACUGUGAUAAAGAGUCCACAAAAAGCUCAGGUCUUUCUACACACAGAGGAAUUCACACAGGAGAGAAGCCAUACUCCUGCUCAGAAUGUGGGAAAUGUUUUACACUGAAAUCACAUCUUGUUAUACAUGAGAGACGCCACACAGGAGAGAAGCCAUAUUCAUGUUCAGAAUGUGGGAAAUGUUUUACAUAUAAUUCACAACUUGUUAGACAUGAGAUAAUUCACACAGGAGAAAAACCAUAUUCAUGUUCAGAAUGUGGGAAAUGCUUUAGAGAGAAAUCACAUCUUGUUACACAUGAGAGAAGUCACACAGGAGAGAAGCCAUAUUCAUGCCCAGAAUGUGGGAAAUGUUUUACACAAAAAUCAGCUCUUGUUAGACAUGAGAUAAGUCACACAGGUGAGAAGCCAUUUCCAUGUUCGGAAUGUGGAAAAUGUUUUACACGGAAAUCGCAUCUUGUUAGACAUGAGAGAAGUCACACAGGAGAGAAGUCAUAUACAUGUUCAGAAUGUGGGAAAUGUUUUACACGGAAAUCACAUCUUGUUACACAUGAAAGAAUUCACACGGGAGAGAAACCAUAUUCAUGUUCAGUAUGUGGGAAAUCUUUUAGACAAAAAUCAGAUCUACUUAAACAUGAAAGAUGCCACACAGGAGAGAAGCCACAUUCAUGUUCAGAAUGUGGGAAAUGUUUUACACAAAAAUCAUAUCUUUCUACACACGAGAGAAUUCACACAGGAGAAAAGCCAUUUUCAUGUUCAGAUUGUGGGAAGUGUUUUCCAAAUAGAUCAAAUCUUGUUACACAUCAGAAAAUUCACACAGGAGAGAAGCCGUAUUCAUGUUCAGAAUGUGGUAAAUGUUUUAUAGGGAAAUCAAAUCUUGUUACACAUCAGAAAAUUCACACAGGAGAGAAGCCGUAUUCAUGUUUAGAAUGUGGAAAAUGUUUUACACAAAAAACAGAUCUUGUUAAACAUGAGAGAAUUCACACAGGAGAGAAGCCAUAUUCAUGUUCAGAAUGUGGGAAAUGUUUUACAUUAAAAUUGCAUCUUGUUAAACAUGAGAGAAUUCACACAGGGGAGAAACCAUAUACAUGUUCAGAAUGUGGGAAGUGUUUUCCAAAUAAAUCAAAACUUGUUACACAUGUGAGAAUUCACACAGAAGAGAAGCCAUAUUCAUGUUCAGAAUGUGGUAAAUGUUUUAGAUUUAAAUCAAAGCUUGUUACACAUCAGAAAUUUCACAUAGGUGAGAAGCCGUAUUCAUGUUCAGAAUGUGGGAAAUGUUUUACACAAAAAUCUGAUCUUGUUAAUCAUGAGAGAAUUCACACAGGAGAGAAGCCAUAUUCAUGUUCAGAAUGUGGGAAAUGUUUUACACUAAAAUCAUAUCUUGUUAAUCAUAUGAGAAUUCACACAGGGGAGAAGCUGUAAAAAACAUUUUUACGCAAUUUAACAUAUUAGGUUAUUCGUGGACCUUAAAAAGCCAAUAAGGUUUAUUUUUAGGGUGGUGAUAUCCUAAUGACCUAAUGAUAUUUCUUUUUUUUUUUAUAUAAGCGCAUUUUUUUUGAAAUACAACAAAACAAUAGUGUUUCAACUGUAUGCACAAUUGUACAAGGUAACGUGAGCAAAGCAAUAUGCAACAAAAAAAACAUAUACUAUAACUUCACGUUUUAUGUGCAAUGUAAAUCAAUCAAGAACCAAUAAAGGUUACUUA